UGUUUAUUCUUGCAUUGUGAAUGUGUAAACAGAGAGGACAAGAGGUGGGAAAUAGGUAGGAAGAGACAAAUGAAGGAUGGAUGGAGGAAGGGAGGAGGAGUGUAAGGUAUGAUGGGAGGAGGACCAAGUAGGUAUAUAAGAUGCUGGCCAUCGCCUCCCGUCUUCACCAGCAUUCAUCACUCUUCAAGGAACAGAAGAGCAACAACCUUCUAACAACAAGGUAAGAGAAAGAAAAGGAUGGAUGGAAGAAGAGACAGUAAUUGUGAAUUUGUUUAGAGUUCGCAUGUGUGCUGUCUCUGAGCUUCUGGACAUGACAUGCUUGGUCAGAUCAUGUGUUAAAGAAAACUGUGAUGUAAUGAGCUGCCAUUGGACAAAAUUCUUUAAUGUGGCUCUCCACAAGUUCUGUGUGGCUUGUGGCUCAUCUCUAUAAAGCAUCUGAGGAGGCCUUUCUUCUCCACUGAAGUUAUUUUUUGCCAACACAACCCAGUAUGUUUAUCAGUUCAUCCAUCAGGACAGGGCUAAGCUCAAACGGUGGGCAGUGCUUGGUUAAAUAUGUGUGUGUAGUGAGUUUUGGUCAUUGAGAUUGGCUCGGAUUACACUUGGCCAAGUAACUUCCUCCCCAGGUUCAGAGUGUUUCUCCAGUUUAGGAUUUCACCCUUAUCAGGCGAGUCACAUUUCCCUUCUGUAGUUAAGUUAAGCCCCUUGUAGGAUGGUCAAAGCAUGUUGAGCUCGGAAUAUAUUACUGCUUCUUUUGCAAUGUUUUUAUUGUUGUGGUCUGAAGAAAAUAAGUCUGCCUUGUGGUUUGAAAUAUUUAAAAUUACCCAGAAAUACUCCCCCUAAAGAAAACCUUUAGUGCAUCCUUGAGUGCAUUUAUACGUAAGUCUAAAUACAGAUGCUACAAUGACCAAUAAAUCUUUCUUUCCAGAAUGUCUAAUGUUCUAAACUCAGAGAAUGCCUCCACUCUGGAGAAUGCCAUGCAGCUGAUGAUCCAGACGUUCCACAAGUACUCUGGAAAUGAGGGCGACAAAUACACUCUCAGCAGGCAGGAACUCAAAGAGAUGCUAUCGCAGGAGCUGGGCAACUACCUUGGGAAUGCACAAGAUAAGGAUGCAGUCGAUAAAGUUAUGGGAGACCUGGAUUCAAACAACGACGGUGAGGUGGACUUCACAGAGUUUGUCAUCCUCGUUGGUGCCCUCACUGUUGCCUGCAAUGACUUCUUCCUCGAGUAUCAUGAAAAGGAUGGAAAGAAGGUUGAAAAGAAAGAGUAGAGUUGCAUUUCUCCGAACAAAAGCCAACACAUGACCAGCGAAUUAUGAUGAGGGGGAAAUGAGGGGAGGGGAAUAUGUGUGUGUGUGUGUAUGAAUCUUCCUUACUGAUACUUCAAAAGUUUCACAUCAUCUCUGCUUCCACAUCCUGCAUCCAUGCAAUCCUGGUUACACAAAAUGUUCCAUGAGGCAUAACAUGUUUCCAACCCCUGAACCUAUUAGAUGCAUUAUGAAUGAAAUUGUGACAUGGUUUUUGUUGAAUAUGUGAAUAUGUAUUUUUUCCUUUCUUUUGUUUUUUUAACAAUUGGAGUUGUUAAUUUUAAAAUUAUCUCUGCAUAAUAAUAAACAGCAGAU